AUCUGACAUGUUAUGCAAUAAUUCAAACGCCGUACAAAUAAACUCGCGUCUUACCACAUUCUUUCUUGCCACCACUUGGCUAGCUUCUUUGGUGGAGCACUCACAGUGGCAAUUCUUUCAGCUUUUUUUCAAUUUUUGGAAUCGCUCUUCUUUUUCAGCCGAGAUUGCCGAGCAAGGACAGUCAGGCUCGGUAUUUUUACGGCUGCAUCCAACUUUUGUUGAGCUUUCUUAUCUUGUAUGCAUCGAAGGUUACCUUGCCAGUCAAGUCCGCGGCUUUCAGUCCUCUUUCAAAUUCAUCACAAGCCAGGACCAUACUCCGUACUACGAGGUCAUGUAUUAUGGCGCUACAAGCAAAGCUAUCUUCGGCACUCUAGUGGCCAUUUCCUAUCUGGUUUAUGUUUUCGCAUGCCAUUGA